GACAGCGCUCCAGCGGUGAUUGUUGUCUUCGGAGCUAAGUCGGAGGUGCAUUGUUGCUGUCAUGGAGGAUAUUUACAGACGACACUGAAAUCAGACAAAUGCAACCUUCUGUGCGUCUCGGGGAAUGUCGGUUUGCGUUCACGCCACGAAAGCUCGUUUUUGCUUUGCUUUCCGUAGAAUAAACUAAUUUAAACCUGCAGAUGAAUCGGGUCGAUGUAUUAUCCACCCAUAUUGCUGGAAGCGCUAUUGGGCUAUUGUUUAUGUAUAUAUUUUUGAUUAAUUGUUUUCGGUAGUCCCAUGUUAAUUUUAUUGCCUUCUCGUAUAUAUACUGUACAUGUGCUGUAAAUAGAGCUGACCUGACGCCGAUUAUAUAAUAUACCAGUACAAGAAUGAGUAGGAAACAUCACCAUUUCAAAGUAGCCGAAGUUAGCUGCUGCGUGAAGUAUUUCUUAUUUGGAUUCAACAUUAUUUUUUGGUUGCUGGGAGCAGCAUUCCUGGGUAUUGGACUGUGGGCAUGGGCAGAGAAGGGUGUAUUGUCCAAUAUCUCUUCCAUCACAGACCUUGGAGGAUUUGAUCCAGUGUGGCUGUUCAUAGUGGUUGGAGGGGUGAUGUUCAUCUUAGGAUUUGCUGGCUGUAUCGGAGCUCUCAGAGAAAAUACAUUCCUCCUCAAAUUUUUCUCUGUAUUUUUAGGUCUCAUUUUUUUUCUGGAGCUAACAGCAGGGAUCUUAGCUUUCGUGUUUAAGGACUGGAUCAAGGAUCAGCUGAAUUUCUUCAUUAAUAACAACGUCAAGGCAUAUCGGGAUGACAUUGACCUACAGAACCUCAUAGAUUUUGCACAAGAAUAUUGGUCUUGCUGUGGCGCGCACGGCCCCAAUGAUUGGAACCUGAAUAUCUACUUUAACUGCACUGAGCUGAACCCCAGCAGAGAGCGCUGUGGAGUGCCUUUCUCCUGCUGCGUCAGAGACCCUGCGGAAGAUGUACUUAAUACACAGUGUGGCUAUGACGUUCGGCUUCAGGGUGAACUAGAUCAACAAAAAUAUAUUUACACCAAGGGCUGCGUGGGACAAUUUGAAAAGUGGCUUCAAGACAAUUUAAUCCUUGUUGCUGGUAUUUUUGUUGGAAUUGCACUACUUCAGAUCUUUGGAAUCUGUUUGGCACAAAAUCUUGUAAGCGACAUUAAAGCAGUGAAGGCAAAUUGGUGAUGGAGGGCCAGGAAGACGAGCCAAGCCAGCAGCCAAGAGCUAAACCCCCAGACUGCCCUGCCAAGCAACUGGAAACUGAACUAAUGCAUGGAGCAGUGUCUGCAGCAGGGGCAGGGUGGGGGCGGGGAGCGAUUCUUUCUCAAGCGGAUCCACAGUCCUGUGGAUUGAUCAGUUAGCCGACUCCUGAAGUAAUCGAUUUUAUUUUUGUUUCUCUUUUGUUUUCUGUUUUUUUUAAGUGGUAUGCAGAAGACAUACAAGAGCUGUCACAAAGCACACAUUCUUGUACCCUUGCAAGAAUGUUAAGAAAUUCGCAUUGGGCUGAAGGGAAACAGUACCGUUGGGAAACGCCUUUCCUUGUUGUUGUUAUUAUAAUAAUUAGAACGACAGCUAAUCAGAGAUUAUCUAAUGUCAUUAUCUCCUGAUCACGGCAGAACCUUCCCCCCCCCAAGAACUUGCUCUUCCCUCUCCCUUUUUUUUUAACUUUGCUUUUCUUUCUUGAUCCGAUAGGCCGGCAGUGAUUCAUUUGCUUAAAUUAUGGGCUUAAUUGUGGCUCAGAGCCCUUACUGAGUAUGAUGCACGUCUUUCAGGAGACAUGAUAGCUGGAGAAGUCAGGGUAGGUGGAGGACACAUUCCCUUCCAGCGAACUGCCAGAACUGAGUAUUUGACAUCUUGUCCUGGAUAAUUUAUAACUUGGUAAAUGAAUACAAAGGUAUUCAAAAAUGUGUCCUCAUUUGUUUUAGUCCCUUUGCCUGUAGAGUUUUUUUCCUUCUUUGGGUUAUAGGGAUCCAGUAGCAUAAUUUAAUUUCUCAUUAUUGACACUACAGGCGGUCAUUCUGCGUUCGUUUUCCAAAUAGAAAGUUCUGACUGAAAUUUCAAAAGCCAGACUGAAAUUCAGCAGGAGUUUUAUUCUGUAUAAAUCCCUUUUGAAGUGUUUUUUCCUCCCUCUCUUGGUGUUGCAUAAAAAUGUUUCCUUUUUAAAAAACAAUUCUAGAAAGACAUGAAUUCACCUCAAUUUAGACGUCUUGUACACAACACUGCAUUAGACUGCGUUUGAAUGGAGGCUACAUUCUACUGAAUGUAGGUUUACUGCCUAAAACCUAUCCAGUAAGAAAAAUAUAAAAAUAUUUUUCCAAUGAGAACCUUACUAAAAAUGUGUGAAUGGUGCUGCAGUGCCUCUCAGUUCUCAGUUAUUUUAGGUUCUAGUGUUGUCUAAAUAAAGAAGAAACCAGCCUCCCUGGUAAAAAACAAAGUCAUCUUCCUGUUACGUGAAUGAUUAUGAGGAAGAGGAAGCUGGAAAUUGGCCAUGCAUCUAAAUCCCAGAAAGACAGGGUUGACUGUGUUGUUUUGAAACUUAGUGUUUGUCUGGAUUCGUGUUUAAACUGAUCAAAUGCUGCUGGGUGUUGCCUGCGUAUGGCUUUUACCUUUUAAAAUGGAGGUUUACCUCUUUCAUCUCCCAUACCCUUUUCUUCUCAUACAGGUCUUCAGUUCCAGUCUGCAUUGGUUACAGAAGCUUUGUGUAGAAUCUAAAUUUGGUGGAGCUCAGUCAGAAAUUAGGUCGGUGCUUCUUAACCACAUACCUUUGAGUGCCAACCCCCAGCAUUCUUGAAGUGCCAACAAAUAUCACUACAACAAAAAGGCAUUGCGCCACUUGGAACAGUACAGUACAUACUGUACGGGAUUUUAAAAAAAAUGGUGGCAUCCUGUGCAAAGUCAUUUUCAGACACACUCUUUUAAAGAAAAGUUCAUAUCUGUAGCAUUCACUUCCCUUUUCCCUGAAACCAGCCACUCUCUCGUCCAUAGGGAUAUGGUUUUUAUUAAAGGAUGACUGGGUUAGCACAGAAAGAAGGGUUUUGGGACAGCUGGGACAAAUAUCUUGCAUGUUAUAUGUGAGGCCCUGAUGAAAGCUCCAUGAAUAUUAUUUGGGUGCCUGUGAGUAAAAUAAGAGUUUUUAUCUUGUGGUUUUCAGCAUAUAUACAGGACGUCUGAGCUUGUGCUAGCUAUCGUGCCUGGCAUUCAUUUUUUAUUUUUUUUUGUAUUAAUAAAACAUCCAGGCAAUUUACUUUCUAAUGUUAAUGCUGACUCCUGAAGUUGUACAUUUGAAGUGCUGGGUAGAUAUAUUAUGGUACCCAUAAAAAAAAGUAAGCAUUUUAAUUUAAUAUGCAAUUCUGUUGUGUCUUCCUGUACGGACAUUAUGAUGAUCUUGCAUUUCUGGACAACUUUGCUUAUUUUUACAUCUUAUGACAGAGAUGCCUUCUUUAAAGUUUGUCUGUCUUGCUAGAUUUAAACUGUAACAUUCCUGGGCUGGAGUGAUAGUAAUGUAGACAAUGAAGCUCCUUGUCUGAUAGUGUGAAUGUGCAAUCUUACAUUAUAACCGUGGUCUGCCAUUGAUGUACAUUCCUUUUAGACAACACACCUAUACCUCUUGAAUUGAUUAAAAUAUUUCAGCAAUUUAAGUAGACUUUAGUCUACUAAGUAGACUUCAACACAGUGAGUGCGUUACUGGAUUUCAAUAAAUUUCGUUUACAAGUUGAAA